AACUCACGUCACCGUUUUGAACAAAAGCGCAUUUUCAGAUUUUGUAAUAGUCAACGAUUCCUCUCUUGUCGACAAAGAAAACUUGUUCUCAAAGCUGAAACAAACAAACAAACAAAAAAACAACAAAAACUUUUUUUAUAUUUGUUCUUUUAAAAUUUUGCUACAAGACUUCAAUUUUUCAGAACCCUAAUUCCAAAUUCAAAAACCAUUUCGAUCAAAACGACACCGUUCGUUGUGGCAAGAACCAAAUGUACGGUGGUGGAGGAGUCGGAGACGAUGAUCUGGCCGCUCGCUUAGGGAUGAUACCGCCGUCGCUACUAAUUCCGACGACGUCGGUGAGAGAUGAGAGGCUUCCAACUCAGCUGCAGUGGAGUCAGCAGGAAACGAGAGAGUUCAUAGCGAUAAGAGCAGAGCUUGAGAGAGACUUCACUGCUUCGAAGAGGAACAAGACGCUUUGGGAAGUGGUGAGUUCAAAGAUGAGGGAGAGAGGGUAUAGAAGAAGUCCUGAACAAUGUAAAUGCAAGUGGAAGAAUCUUGUUAAUCGCUAUAAGGGAAAAGAGACAUCUGAUCCAGAGCAUGGCAGACAAUGUCCAUUUUUCGAAGAGUUGCAUGCAGUUUUUACUGAAAGAGCACAUAACAUGCAACGGUUACUUCUUGAAUCUGAAACUCGUUCAGCUCAAACAAAGAAAGGAGUGAAAAGGAUAAGAAGUGGAGAUCGAUCCUCAGAGGAAAUCUCAGAAGAUGAUGAGGACGUUGAAGAUGACAGUGAAGAGGAGAGACCUGCGAGAAGCAAUACUCGUAAAAGGAAAGCUGGCAAAAUUGCAACGGAGAAGUCUUCAAGAGCAAACAAUAGUAAUAUUCAGGAAAUGCUCAAGGAAUUUUUCCAGAACCAACUAAGGAUGGAGAUGCAGUGGAGGGAAAUGAUGGAAAGACGUGCACAUGAAAGACAGUUGUUUGAACAGGAAUGGCGACAGUCAAUGGAAAAGCUUGAGAGGGAGAGAUUAAUGAUUGAACAGGAAUGGAGGGAGAGAGAAGAGCAUAGGAGACUGAGGGAGGAGAGUAGAGCAGAGAGAAGGGACGCUUUGUUGACGACCCUUUUAAACAAACUCAUUCAUGAAUCUAACUAAAUGAGUCAAAUAGCUUGGGUUCUUCAUAGCUAAUUUAUUUGUUGUUUCCAUUUAAUAUAUGAUUCUAAGUUUAGCUCAGAGAAUGACCUAAAUUUCAUAGUAGCAUUUGAUUACAGAGAAUUUUCGAAAGGAGUAUUUGGUGAAGGAGAUAGGAGAGGAUUUGAAUAUUAUAGGAGUAUACAUGAAUAUUUGAUAUACAUGAAAAGUUUUUUGUAUCAUUUAGGAUACAUCACUUGGGGAUUAAGUCCAGGAAUUGUUGUUGUAAAACAUAUAUUAUUGUAUGAUUUUCUUAUUUCUGUGCA